UCCAAGUCGUUUGAUUGUGUGAGAUCAUGGAGAAUGUGCGAGUCCGAGCGAACUAUGAGCGAACUGUCGUGAUUGUGCGCGUGAACACAACGUGUGGCUUCAUUACUUAGAAGGUUUUCGGUGAGUUUGCAGUGCGAUAUUUGCGUGGAUCCGCACUGAGGGAGUAUGCCUCGUAGAAAGGAAUACCUAAUCCCAGGCAGCGCCUCCGCCAUCCCGUAUUCAACGAAAACAUAUCUCGAAAGAUCAGCCUCGAGCGUGCAACAAUCACGUCGUGGACUGCAGCAGGACACAAAUGUCGCUGGCGGGUCGACUGCUCCGACAGCACUUCGCGUACUGACGCAACCUCCGCAGACUGAUGUUGAAGGCGACUGUGACUCUGAAUCGGCACAUGAAGCGGCCCCAAGUGACGAGCCGCAGCCUUCCGUUGGCGCAGAAAUGACAGACGAGCCACAGGGAGAUUUAGGGAGCUUCUCUAGUGACGAUUUGCUGGCACUGACUGUCAAUUUUGUCCUCGAAUUUGGCAUCCCUUGGAAGGGAGUCGAAGCACUCCAAAAGUUGAUAAUGCACAUACUUGAACGACAUGAUAUACCAGUUACUAAAUAUCUUUUCAAGAAGAGUGUCGGGGCAGAAAUAAAAGCCGCCCGGUUACACUUCUACUGUGAAAACUGUAUGACGCUCCUUGCCGUAACAAGUGGCGACCUUGCAGCGCGGAAUGCAGUGCGGGUAACGUGCACCGUAUGCGGGCAACGUAACAGUGGGCCGCAGAUGCUACGCGAUGGCCACUUUUUCAUAACCCUGCCCAUCGCAAAGUUGCUGUCUUCGUUACUUGCCGAGAAUGAUGCGAGCACUGCACUCCACGAAAGACUGAAUUCAAUAAACGAGAGUAUGUCUGUCGACAAAGAUGAAAUGACAGACAUAAUAGAUGGCACCUUAUACAGGGCACUUAGGCGCGAAUUGACAUCAAAAAAUGAUAUCACUCUCACUGUUAACAGUGAUGGAAGCGCCGUGUUCAAGUCAUCGAAGUUUUCUGUGUGGCCCGUUCAAGUGAUGGUGAAUGAACUCCCAGUGUACAUGAGGCAGAAAAAUGUGCUUGUGUCUGCUCUGUGGUAUGGCCAGAAACAUCCCGACAUGACUCUCCUACUGAACGCAUUUGUUGAACAAAUGGACGGUUUGUCGACCAGUGGGAUCACAUGGAAGGCAGGCAACGAAACUGUGCAUUCCAAGGUGUACUGCUUCAGCUGCAGCGCUGAUGCACCAGCACGGGCAGCCAUGCAGCACCUAACCCAGUUUAAUGGGUAUUAUGGCUGUGGAUGGUGCUUGCAUCCAGGGGCAGCUGUGAAUGGAACUGUCAAGUAUCCUGUGGACACUGUUUCACCUGACAGGACAGCAGAAGGCACAAAGGAAAUCAUGGCCAAGGCUGCUGAAGCUGGAAGACCAGUACAGGGAGCAAAAGGCAUCACGCCUUUGAUUAAUCUUCAGCACUUUAAUAUAAUCUGGGGCUUUACUCCAGAUUAUAUGCAUUGUGUGCUUCUAGGUGUGGCACGGCAGAUGACGGAGGACUGGCUCUCUAAUGUAGGCGAGGAAUAUUACAUUGGGGCACCACAAACUGUGGCAGUAUUAGAUCAACGUUUGUGCUCUAUAAAGCCGCAUAGCUGUAUGCCACGACUUCCCCGCUCAGUUUCUCUGAGAAAGUAUUGGAAAGCCUCGGAGUGGCAGCAAUGGCUACUGUAUUUUUCAUUGCCUUGUCUGGAAGGCCUACUUCCACGGCAGUAUCUUAAACAUUUUGCAUUGCUUGUGAAAGGUAUUGCCCUUCUUCUGCAGGACACAGUGUCCCUCAGUGACAUUUCUGUAAGCACAGACUGCUUGGUAAAGUUUGUUGUCGACAUGCAGUUUCUCUAUGGAGAAAAAAACAUGACUUUCAAUGUACAUCAAUUGUUGCACAUGGCUCAGAGUGUUCUGAACCAAGGACCUCUUUGGGCACAUUCAUGUUUUGCUUUUGAGUCUAACAUUGGCCAAAUUAAGCAGCUGGUCACAUCAGCAAAAGGUGCCCCACUGCAGAUUGUAGAGCGCUUAAUGAUGGCCAGCAACUUCAGGUAUCUAAAGGCUUCAGCUAGCCCUUGCACUCUGAAGUUUUUGACAAAAGCUGGCCCAUCAAAUAGUAAAGGUGGUUUACUGCUCAGCAAACCCCGAGCUGUGUCUGACCAGCUGCUUCACCUUGUGCAGGACCAUGUUGGCAACAUCGUUAGGGGCCGUGUCAUGGAACAUGACCGAGUGAUUGUAUCACCGGGUGUUCGGUUUCACAGUGAGCAGUACUCAAGGCCGAACAAAAGUGACAGCACUGUAUUGCAAAUAUAUUUGGGAACGUGCUUGAAGUUGAAGCACAUUGUUUCUAUUAGGGAUUCGUCAGGAAAUGUAAGGAUUUUUGCACUGUCAAACAAAUUCUUGUCACGUCGUGCAUUUGGCACUGAGCACAUAAUGAAAUCAGAGGAUGCGAAUUCCCAACAGCUAGUGGAGCUGUCUGCCAGUGUUGUCCCUUGCAACUAUGUAGAGGUCAAUAGAAAGUGUUUUUUUCAGAGAAUUUCUUUGAAAAUGCUCUCUGGUGGUUGUUAAAGGGACGCUUAAGAGCAACAUUGAAUUAGUUUCAUCAUUCUAUAAAAAGGUCUCAUCAUAUAAAAAUCGCACCAAUACCUUCUUAUACCUACUUUUUGUACUUUUUGUCAGAAACACUUCACAUCUGUAAAAUUAGUUUUUUUUGUUCCUUGUGUGUUGUGGCUUUAUUAAUAAUUCACUGCUCAAGCCACCUUCUAAAUUACAAUGAUAUGAGUAGAAACCUCAGAUGUGUACACCGCAUUGUCAUUGCAUGUCAAGCUGUUAAAUGAAUGGGCUGUUAAAAAGAACCUCCACAUGUCAGUGAACUGCAGGUGUAGAUGUUUGUGGAUUGUGCAGUGAAACAGUUGUUUUUAGAGGAAGUGAGAAAUGCCAUUUUCAAUUGAUUUAGCUAUUGCCAAUUUGUGCAAAUUCAUGCUGUAUACUGUCGAGUGCCUCUUGAAUUACUAAUAAACUUCAUGAUUGUGAGUAUUGACAAUUCUCAUUGUUUAAGCCCAGCUUUAGCCCUGUCUCUGGGUGUAAACAUUUUGUAUUAUAAAAAAAAGAAGAGAAAGUGUGCGCUGUUGUACAGUACAAGGUUUAAUGUGCACUGGGUUGGUCAAAUGUUCCCAGGCAGUGCUGUCAUAAGAUUACAAGCGUAGCAGCCUGGGAACGUUUGAGCACCCCUUUAUAUUUGAACACACCUUGUGUGUUCAGGGUGCAUGCAACUCUUCAAAAUUCCUCCCUUUUUUCUCUGUAUCCUUUGUACAUGUAUGUUUCCAAAUUAAAUAACAAUAAAACCAUUGAAAUAAAAAGAACAUAUUCGAAGCCUAAAAGUCUAGGAAUUUGUCUAUGAGCUGCUUCUUUGUGCUUAGGCAGCAGUGUAGAUUCACCAAACUUCAUUUCAGCACCAAUAUGCUUUGUUCUUCAGGGCAUUAAAAAUAUGAAACACUGUUAAUGAAGCGAUAGACACCUACUGUGGCUUAGGUGCUGGCUCCCUUCUGGUGUUGCACUGUUUUCUUCACGACAUUUUUUAUUGUUCAUUUCCCCACCUGUACGUCAACCUUGUCGUACAUUGUCUCUUUCUCGACUUAUCUCUCUGCUUCACUAUGUCUCGUGCAUUUAUGCCACAAAAUUGGUUUCCCCAUCAUGUGAGCAGCAUGUUAAGUUAGUAUACUCCAACGAAGCAAAGCCUAGUUUAUGCUUAAAAAGUCUCCGCAGCUAAUCUGAACAUUUUUUGUGUGUAGUGAACUACUUCUUGUGGAAUAAAGGCUUCACUAUCA